AUGGAUGCGGGGUCAGUUGAGAAGAAGCCGCAGGAACCGAAGGCCAAGGGGAAAGCGGUGGACGAGAAUCCCACGUCAGACAAGAGGAUCACACGGUCCCAGGCUCAUUCAGGGCGUGGAAAAAGGAAAGGUGGUUCCGGGGGCUGGUCUUUAUAUCGCAUUUCAGAGACGAGAUUUGAUGGGAAGACUGAGGAAUUUCAAGGCGACCCUGAAGAUUCUGAAGCUGCUCGUGAUGCAGCAGGAGAGUCUUCCAAGUUGGGGCCUGCUGAUGUUCAGAAAUCUCGUGACGAGGGAAAGGGUAAAGAGCGUGAUGACAAUGGCGGAAAUGAUGGUUGUAGAGGGGGUCAUGGAGGGAACAGCGACGGUGACAAGAAUGAUGAUGGCAAAAAGGGCGAUGGAGAUGGGCCAGGUGACAAGAAGAAGGGCAAUGAAGAAGAGGAGGAUGUGGAAAAAGAGGAUGAGGAAGAGAAGGAUGAGGAAAAGAAGGAUGACAACGAUCAGGCCAGCGGGCAGACCGGUCUUGAAGAUACACCGGAUGAAGAAGCCCCCAGGCCUGGCUCUUCCGGCUUUCAGCCUGCAUCUAGGAGUCGAAAAAGAUCCCGACCAUUAUCUUCAUCCUCGGCCGGUGGACAAUCACCCAGACUUGGCUUUUCGCCUCGAUCUAGAACUCGAGAAGCAUCCCCACCAUUUUUGACACCUUUGGCCCGUGGACAAACCCCUCGUCCCAAGCCUCAAGGAGGAUCCCAACCAUCAUCUUCUUCGUUGGCCGGAGGAGAAACGCCCAGGCCUCGCCAAACGCGGGACGGUCGAAGAGCCCGCAGACCCAACCAAAGAGAUUACCAAAUGCUCGCCACGUACCGUGGACGCGGAUCUUCAGCGGAUUUGGGUGACCCUCGAUUGGUACAAUCCAGAUGGGAUCCGACGGAGGCAAGUUGGCUGAACUUGAGUAACGGGGCCAGGAUGCAAUGGUCGGUAACACACCAGCCCGCAACAUAUCAGCCUGGCCCAGUAGAGCAGUCUGUAGAGCAGUCUGUAGAGCAGUCUGUAGAGCAGUCUGUAGAGCAGCCUGUAGAGCAGUCUGUAGAGCAGUCUGACCCAGAAGAGCACGACAGUCUGAAUUCUCUGUUCCCUCGCAACCUACUGUUGAUACCUGACAGAAGGUCGCCACGUGACGUAAUGAGACGGGUAUCGGAGUGGGUUAUUACGCAGGAUUAUGCGCCUUCACCCCUUUUGCAGACCAUAGCAUCAUUUUCCGAAACGUCCUCGUCGACUUCACCAAGCCUCAACCUGGCAGCUUCGCCGACAUUCAACACACCUGCGAGGGGGGGAUACUCGGUCUACGAUGGUAUAACCGGUAACGAACUUCCACCGGACCCUCCCCGGCCCCGUCGCGUGACGCCUUCUCCGCUGUCGCCCACUCCCGCGGUGCCCCCUCGCCCUGACGUUGAGGGUUCUUCGCGCCCUGGAAGUCCUCCGCCUGAGGGUGACUUGGACUCUUCUGACACUAACCGAUAUCUCCCCGACAGCCCGCUUCCCGACGAACGAGACAUGUACCCAUUGUUAUUUUUUCCUCCCGGUGGCCCAAUUUGCGCGAUCAAUUCCCCGGGGGGAAGAAUCUUUCAGGUAGCCUCGCCGGGACCAUCACUGGUUGUUGUCCACCGCGAAUCGCAGUCCAUUUUCGCCGUUCCACCUUCCAAUGCCCGCUUUUCGCCCGGGGGUGAACCUCAACCGUUUGGAAGGUCUUAUGGGUGUGGCACUUUGUUGCCGGGUCUUGUGAGUCCGCUUACUCGUGUUUCGCCCCGGGCUGAGCUGCUGCCGGCCCCGCCGGGUGUUUCGGAGACUGUGUAUGAGAAUCUGAAUGGGAUGGCUGGACGAGAUGAGGAAGAGGGUGAACUUGGUAGUGCUGAAAUGGAUUUGGACGGGGAUGAGAGUUCAGGUGAUGAGGCUAUGUCCAGGCUGAGUAUCAUGGGUCCAAGGGAUGAGAUUGGUAGUGUAGAAGGGGAUUUGGAUGAGGGUGAGAGCACAGGUGGUGAGGGUUCGUCUGUGCAGUAA